UUGAAGCGUGCAGACAGCGGCCUAGAAUCGGAUCCCGUGUUUUGGCUCACGUCACGGCGGGACUUGCUGGGGACCGAGAGACCCGACAAACUCCUCCGCGCUCUCUUUCCCUUCUUUGCAGCCAACGAAACGUCAGGCCUUGGACCAGCCCUUGUAGCCACAUAUGUAUUGCUGUCUGAGUCCAAGCAUAUGAUUACCAAGGCCAGGGUAGAGGCACACCCGCUGUUGGAAGCGCUGGACCGCAUUGUCAAGCAAUUCGAUAAAGACAUGUUGCAGGAGCUCUUCCGCGACCACGCUGAAGUCUGGAGUUAUGUCCAACCCCGGGCGGAUUGGAGGGUGACGCGCGUGGCUCCCGGAACGUGGAAAGAGCUGGAUACCGUAUCUACAGGCAAACCCGACCAAGCCAAGUCGGCGGUGCGAUUCUCCUAUGCCCUGUGGCACCGACGAUUCGAGACCGUCUUUCGCGCAAACGACACUGCGGCCAUCCAGCAGGCCUGGAGAGACCUGAUCAACCCGGCCAACGACAAGGACAGAACUCUGAGACUACAGAGCUCUCCGGACCUUUUCGAUUAUAUCCUGUUCCUCACGUGUAGCAAGUACGGGCUGGGGGCAAGCUUUUCCAAGCUGACGGAGGAGAUAUUGGCGUACAUGAAGACGCUAGGCAUGGCUCCGACAGUCAGGACGUACACGUCAAUGAUGAGUGGCUGGAAAGAGGCCAGACGGCUUGAGCCGAUUGAGAACCUGUGGAAAUUCAUCACAAAUGCAGGAGUCAAGCUGGACCAGCAGAUCUGGUCGAGCAGAAUCUCCGCACUCGGCCUUUUGGGCGGCGAACACGACGGUCUGGGUGCCCUCAAGGAGAUGGAUAGAUUGUGGAACAUGGCAGUGAAGAACGGCACGCAAGGCAAGGCCGUCGAACCGGGCAUCUCAAACGUGAACUCGGCCAUUUCCGGCUUGCUCCGGCGCGAUAACAUGGAGGUGAUCCGCACCGUACUGGACUGGGCGACCGAAAAGGGCAUCAAGCCCGACAUUUACACCUACAACAUGCUCCUAUCACGCAUGCUCAAAAAGGGGGCCCACGAGGAAGCGGACCGGAUUCUCGCCAGCAUGAAGACGGCGGGCAUCACGCCGGACGGAGCCACCUUUACCGUCAUUAUGGAGGCGGCCCUCAGCGACCUGCCAGACCAGACGCCGCAGGAGCAGCGGGAGACGAUGGACAGGGUGUUUUCCGAGAUGGCCGCCUGCGGCAUCGAGCCCAACCAGGAGUCCUUUGGCAAGAUGCUCCACGUCCUCGUCCGGGCGGGUGACAGCGGCAAGCACGCCGUGGCCGCGCUGCUCUCCCACCUCCGGGUAUCCCGCCUCCACCCGUCGACCGAGAUGUGCACCAUGCUCGUCGAGUACUACGUCAACCGGAGCCGGCCCGACCUCGACUCGCUGCGCGCCCUCGUCGCGGACCGCCGCGCGCGCACGCGGGCCCUGACGGACCGUGUAUUCUGGGAGAGCGUCAUCAAGAACUACCACCGCGCCGGGGACCUCGACAGCGCGCUCGAGGUCGUCUACGACCUUGAUGAUUGGGGUAUCUGGCCCGGCUUGCCGCUGCUCGACCCCCUGCUGCGGUCGCUGGUUCACAGGCACGACUUUGAGGGGGCCAAGAAGCUGGUCGACACCGUUCGCAAGCAGGCCAGGCCUCAGGCCGCGGAUAAGGCGGGUCGCUACUCGAAGCAUGGGUUCUGGGCAUUUGCUCAUGAUUACCGCCUGUUGCCUGGGCAGGAGGAGGCGUAG